AUGGUCAGGCAUGUCGCUCCCCAAUCGCAACCCAAAAUAAAAAUCGCAAUCUAUUCAUUUUCACUAGUGAUUCCGGUCAUAUUCCAACAGACUAUAUGCAUCCGUACGCCCAAUUAUCUAGUUUUGGAUUUGAUCAAAAUUUAUGGGAGAUUGAGCCAAAAAAGCAAGAUAGGCCACAUAAUACCAUUAAAAAAUAACGACAAACUCGUGUCUAAGUUGAUAAGCCCAGAAAAAUUUUACUGGGAAUUAGUAUUUGAUAAAGACGAUGAGGAACUUAACUUUGACCAGUUUACUAAGCGAGUCGGAAUGAAACGCUUUGAGUGGCCUGUUAUGAUUAACAAAAAUAGGAGAGAUAAUAAACAACCCUUUUUCAUCCCAGUGUGCCAAGAGAGACAAAAUAGGUUGAUGAAACAAUUGGAUAAAUCGUCAGAUAAAGAGGGUUUGGUCAACAACAAACUUUUGCAUCUAAAUGCUAUGGUUUCAAAUCAGGAAAUCAACAAGGAAGCGCUGAUUGACGUAUUUGAGACUUUUGCAUCCAGUGGAAUUUUAACUAAAAAAUCAUUUUCCGAUAAGAUCAAGUCAUAUUCCCCCCUGCUCACCCUUUGGGACUGGGAUUCCUUUAUUCGAAACAUGAACCGUUAUCACAUAGACCCAUAA